AUGAACCCCCCCGAUCAACAUCAUAUCAUACACGCCAAACCUAUACACCCUGAAGACGGAAGGAUAUUUGCACGACCGGCAAUUCCCGAACGCCAGGAAUCCCUGCUCACCCGUGCCCUGAAGAGCAGUCCCGAAAUGUCUCCUAUCGAACCUCAAACCCCUCUCCACGACUCGACCUACACCUAUCGUUCCUACCCUCACAGCAACAUCAGCGGCAUUUCAACUGCUGAGCUGACCAGCGAUGGCGGUCUUACAAGUCCCUCCCUGUCCAACACCCCGAGUCCGCCACUCCCGUCUCAGAUGAUGGCGAAGAAGGAUGUUACGCCGAAGAUCAAGGUUGUCAAUGCCAGCGAGACUACUGUCGAGGCCAACCUUGGACGCAAGCGUUGCAUCAGCUUUGCCUGCGGCCGUAAGACCGACGAGUCAUCUCAACAGAAGCCAUCUGCACCACUACCAGCGCCAGCGCCACCUGCAACAACUCCCUCGAAAACGGAAGAGACCCUCGAACCCCCGAAACGUCGAACCACCCUCACAUUCGUCUGCCCUGGACGUCAAGACAAGAAGCCAAAUAUUCAACGUGAACGUUCUCCGGUGCGCAAGGUCGCAUUCCGAUCUCGAUGCCGCGGAUCUCCCGCCCCCUUGUCUCGUAAGGUUUCGCCACCCGCCGAGAGCUCAAAGGCCGCCGAGGUUACUACCACCCCUCAAACUACCGCUAUUACUCUCUCGAAAGCAGUUCCGACGAGUGGACUGGGCAAGUUUGAGGAAUCCGAGGCAACUCGUUUCCACGAAUUUGCUAGUUCUAUGGAUGAAGAUGACGAGUGGGUCAACAGGGCAACGGACUACAAGGAAAAGAUUACCCUGAAUGACUGCAUGAAGAAGGAAAUCGCCAUUCGUCGACUUGGCGAGGAGGCUGAGGAGGAAGCCGAAGACGAGGACGACGAUGAUGAUCUGGACUUGGCAGAUGAUGACUCAACGGUCCACGACUUCUCCGAUGAUGAUGGAAAUGAGUCGGAUAACGAGGCUGGUUUUGCCGAUUCGGAUGAAAGUGACGAUGAUGGCUCUGACUACGAGUUUUGGGCCCCAUCUGCUACUGCCUCCGACUCGAACGUCCCAUCUAUCGAGGUGUUCCCCACCACGAUGGAGCGACGUGCAUCCAACACAUCCUUUGACUCAAUGACCGACGAUCAUCAGAAGUGGCUGCCGGCACCUGUACAACGGUCUAACCGUCGGCCCCCUCGUUCCGCCCCCAGACCUAUCAAGAUGCGCCCAGGUACCCCGAACCUGCCCGACAGCACAGACUUUGUCUGUGGCACCUUGGAUGAGGAUCGCCCUCUUGAGGCCGCCUACAAGUCCUGCAUAGAGCAACGCCGUCUUUCAAAGCAGGUUAUGAUCCCGCAAGAUAUCGACCCUAGCUUCCCUACCAGUGACCCCGAGGACAAUGGAGACCUGGAGGACAUUUCGGAAAGUGCGUUGGACAGUGUUGUGUUAGAGCCCACUCGGGGUCGGGUCGAUGGCCCGGCCGGCAACGCUUCGCCGCACCACUCACCGAAGCGCAUGGUGUCGCCGCCGCCGCCCUCUCGUCGGGCCGGACGCACAUCGCCCAAGCGACUCAAGUCUCCCCCUCCUCGCAUUCGAGCUAAGUCGCCCUCGCCUGAGAAGUUUGAACUGCCAGAAGACAUGCCCGAGAUCAACUCCCCUCACGGUGUCAACAUCAGCCACCUGGUUCAACGGCCACCUAUUAUCCGGACCAAGUCUUUGCCCCGGACACCGAACCCAUUCUUCACCAGCAUGGACAGAUCACACCGUUGGCAGGGCAUUCCUCCUCUGACUGAGUCACCUGAGCUUGAGCACUCGCGCACUCGUGAGCUUCUUCACACCCGCGGCCCGAUCGACAUUGUCGAGGGUCUUGAAAAGAAGCGCCAAAAGCGCAAAGAGAAAUUCUGGCGCCAACACUGCCGCAAAGCUGCCAAAGAGCAGGCGGUUCGGCGACCGAUCAAAGGCAAGGGAGCCGAACGGAUGAAGGAGCUUGGCCUCGAAGUUGCGGAGAGGUGCAGAGCUUAUGGUGUCGGACAAGACACCCAGCUCGUCCUACUCUGUUUGAGCUCCCGACCUCUUUUUGAGCAUAUGUUUUUGCUCUGA